UCUUCCUUCCCAAGUUCCUAGGCCAUCCCUUUUUCUUUUUUUUUUCCUUUUUUCCUCUCUUCUUCUUCCUUCAUUCUUAAUCAAUUGUCUAGAUUGAAAGCUGUUACCUUUCCUGAGAGAGAGAGUGGUCAAGGGUUUUAGGUGAGAAAAAGCGCAGAGAGAGAGAGAGAGAGAGAGAGAGAGAGGCUGAAAAUUCAAUACCAGCUAUUUAUUCCAUAAGUUCGACUUGAUGGCUUCUAUGUCAUUUCCCGGAAGAAUCCUUUAAUGGGUACCAAUUAGUUUUUAGAAUUUUUGUCAAACCACUUCAAGAUUGGGAAUUCAUGACUUCCUUCUCUCAGUCUCAUAUAAGAAAGCCCACAUCUCUGUUAAUGGUGUCUCCCUUUGCAGUUGUCCUGAUCAUGGUGGAUGAUUUCUUGGAAGGUUCAAUUGGGUUUGAUAGUGUUUGUUGAAUUUGGGUUUAAUUGGGUUGUGGUUCCAUUGGGUUUGAAUUGGUGGUGGUUGAUUCGAGUGACUGGGUUUGAAUUGGUGGUGGUUGGUUCGAGUGACUGGGUUUGACGAUGGUCUGUGGUGAUUCUGGUGGUUUGGCUGGGUCUAUGGUGGUUACAGUUCUAGGUGAAGAAGAAGAAGCUGGUUAUUGUCGGACUCGCGUUCUCUAUUUAGCGAAAUUGCUAUUUUGCGAACCGUGUUUGAGGUUCGCUAAAUUGGAAGAGCAAGUGAGGCUUUUUGUUUACUGUUGUACUAUACAAUCCCCUUUAAUUUAGUCCCCCUUUUACCAAACAUGAUUUUCAUAGUAUUAUGAAAGGGAAAACUUGAUAUGCUUGCUUCCCAUGAAAAUAAAAGCUUUUAUUUAUUUAUUUAUACAUUGUAAUAUAAAAAGCUGUUAAUAUAUUUAUUCUCAUUUGACAAAUGGUUUCUUUUUCUGAUAAAACAAAUGCAAAGAUGGACUCCCUGUAUUAGGUUUCAUUUCUUAAUAUUUUUAUUAGCUAACCAUAUCUUUUUGAAUUAUGAAAGUUUAUUUUAUCCAAAAAAAUAAAAGAUUUAUGAAAGUUCCAUUUUUAAGGCACUAACAGAAGAAACUCACAUUUUCAUAAUAUCCGAAAUUCUGUGUACAAAUUCCCACCUGAUCAAUAAAUAAAACAAGCUUUUAUUUUGUCUGUAUAUAUUGAUAAUCGAGAAUAUGAAGAAGAGGGAGAGUAUGAAGAUCGAGUAUAGGAGGUAGUGGCAUUAUGGUGGGUUUCUGGCACAGAUUGGGGACCAAAGGGAAAGCCUUAUACUCAGCGACGCUCUCACCGCCAUUUUCAAGCCCUCUCACUCUCCCCCACAUUUGGGUUCCCACCCAAACCCCCAAUCGCCCCCUCUCAUCUGGGUUUCACCCUGUGAAAACAGGAGCUACAGGGCAGACUCGGAGUGCUGCUGAAAUAAUGAGCGGAAAGCCAAUUGCAAAAGACAUAAAAUUGAGAGUAGCUGCUGAAAUAAGCAGAAUGAAAGCUGCCAUUGGAAGACUUCCUGGGUUGGCUAUGGUUUUGGUGGGCUACAGAGAGGACUCACACGCUUAUGUCCAUAUCAAGUUAAAAGCUUGUAAUGAAGUUGGGAUUGAAACUUCCAUUGUACAACUGCCCCAAGAUUGUACUCAAGAUCGACUUAUUGAUGUUGUUUCAAGUUUUAACAGCAACCCAUCUGUGCACGGUAUAAUUGUUCAACUUCCUCUGCCAGAGCAUUUGGAUGAGGAAACGAUUAUAAAUUUCGUGAGUCCGGAAAAAGAUGUGGAUGGCUUUCAUCCCCUCAAUAUGGGGAAUCUUGCAUUGCGGGGAAGGGAGCCGUUAUUCAUCCCUUGUGCCCCUAAGGCUUGCAUUGAGUUGUUGCUCAGGUAUCGCGUGGAGAUCAUUGGGAAGAAUGCAGUGGUAAUAGGGAGAAGCAAGAUUGCUGGGUUAUCCACUUCUUUGCUCUUGCAGAGGCACCACGCGACGGUUAGCACUCUCCAUUCGUUCACCAACAACCCAGAACAAAUUACUCGUCGAGCUGAUAUUAUUGUGUCAGAUGUUGGCAUUCCAAAUAUAGUCAGAUGCGAUUGGCUGAUGCCAGGGGCAGUUGUAGUCGACAUGGGGACAAAUUCAGUUAAGGAUCCCAAUAGUCCCCGAGGAUUCCGUACCACCGGAGAUGUUUGCUACGAAGAGGCAAUUAAGGUGGUGUCAGCCAUAACUCCUGUGCCAGGAGGAGUUGGACCUGUUGUAAUCUCAAUGCUCCUCUCCAACACCCUUGACUCUGCAAAGCGAGCUUACGGAUUCACUUGAUCUUUUCUCCUAAGAAGAGAAUGUAUACAUGACUGGUCGUGACACGACUUGUUGGGUAUAAAAAUUGGAAAUACAUAGAUUGAGAGCAA